UGUCCUCUCAGGUCCACACGUGGUUGGUCUGCUGUGAACCACGCACGCAGACGCAAGUAGCGGCUCAGAAAUGGCGGCCGACACUGGUAGCUCGUCGCUGCAGCUACCCUGCGUUUUUUCACCAAAAUCCCGACAGUACCUGGCGCUAUGUGCCCAGGACGGCAGACUUCGCAUCUGGAACACAGACAGUAAAACACUUCACCAAGAAUACGUGCCUUCAGCCCAUUUGAGUGCCACUUGUAUCUGCAUAGCCUGGGGACCAUGCCGGACAGUAAAGGAUGGGCCCCAGAGGAAGAAGAGGAAAUCGGAGGCAGGGCAGGCGGCGGAGAAGGCAGACCUGUUGGCGAUGGGCACGGCAGCGGGUAGUGUCCUCAUUUACAGUACAGCAAAGGGAGCCCUGCACUGCACCCUGGAUGGAGGCCACAGCGGAGGGGUAAACUGUGUCCAGUGGCACCCUGAAGACAGUUUAUUAUACAGCGCCUCAGAUGAUACGAACAUCAUAGAGUGGGACCUGCAGACGGGCAAGGCCAGAAGUAAGUGGAAGGCGGACCGCGCGGCGGUAACCAGUUUGUGUGUGAGCCCCGACGGCAAACUUCUGCUCUCAGCUGGUCUCAUCAUCAAGAUGUGGGACUUGGACACCAAGGAGGUUUACAGGAAGUUCACAGGCCACUCCACUGCCGUGACGACCCUGCGCUUUGCCACCACACGGCCUCCCGACAGCAACGGCCUUUACUUCCUGUCCGGAGCCGCACACGAUCGGCUGCUCAGCGUCUGGCAAGUACGAGAGGACGGAAAGGACAAGAAUUCGGUGGUGUCUUUCACGCUGACGGACGAGCCGCUGCACGUCGACCUCGUCGCGUCUAACAGCAAGGAAGAGGCGGUGAGGCUGGCGGUGGUGUGCAAGGAUGGCCAGCUGCAUCUCUUUGAGCACUUUUUAAAUGGGCCCUGUAAGAAGCCGCUGUCGCCCUCGUGUACGGUGCAGAUGUCGGACACUAAGGACUCCCCGGUGCCGAUCCCCCUGCUGGCUGCUGCCCUCGGAGCCGGUAUGCAAACUGUGCUGCUGAGCUACGGCAACCACCUGCAGCCUGUGAUGGAGAAAGUGGAGAUCAACACCGCAGAGAGACACGUGUGUUUGACCCGGGAUGUCCAGACCAGCUUGUCCCUUUCCAUAGAGACCGCCGUCUCCAAGGUGAAAACCCCUGUUGUCAACGCCAAGGGCAGAGUGCUGGUUCCAGGGCUUCCUGGUCACCAAGCCCCCGUCAAGGGAAGCUUGCAGGGAUCAGAGAAGAGGAAAAAAGACACAGACACCAAAGAGAUGUCGAUAGCGGAGCGGCUUCGUGAAAUCGACCUGUCCACAGUCUCCACCGACAAGGGGGCCCUUAAAGGGACGGCCUCUUUACAGACGGACAACUUUGCGGUGCUGCUGGUGCAGGGCCUGGAGAGCAGCGACACCAACAUCCUCAAUAAAGUUUUCCAGACUCGUAAAGAGAUUGUGAUAAAGAAAACGGUUGCUCGGUUACCCAUCCCUGCUGUUUUACCUUUGGUGGAAGAGAUCACAAAGAGGCUCCAAGGGCAUCCUUUUACGGCUGUUUUAAUGGUGCGGUGGCUCAAGGCCGUGCUCAUGCACCACACAUCAUACCUGGCAUCGCUGCCAGACCUGGUUACCCAGCUGGGAGUACUUUAUCACAUGAUUGAGAGCCGAGUGAAGAUGUUCCACAAGCUGACGAAGCUGCAUGGGAAACUGUACCUGCUGAUGACACAGGUGGCGACAAGUGACAGCAGCAACACCGUUACAGACGUUGACCACACAGCAAAGCUGGUGUAUGAAGAAGAAUCAUCUGAUGACGACGAGGCCUCCGGUGACGAAGGUCUACCAGGCGACAAUGACGACUCUGAUAAUUGGGAGGAGGAGGAGGAGGAGGAGGAGGAGCCGGCGGCGAUGGCGAUGGCGAUGGAGGAAGACGCGGAUGAGAACGGUCCAGACCGCAAAACAGAUUCCAAAGCAAAUGGAGAGGAAGACAUGGAGCGCGGUAACGAGAGCGAAGAGGAGUGAAGACGACCAGGGGGAAAAGGACCUGAAAGAGUUAUAUAUACUUUGAUUUUAUUUUCAUGCUUUUGAUUUUAUUAUCAGAACUAAGUAUGGUUUUACAAAAAAGAGAAAAGGAAAAAAAUCAAGGGGACUCUUGGUGAUGAAAUCUGGGCAGCUGCCACCACACAGUUCAGCCACAGGGAGGUGAUGUCAGUCCCCCCCCACUCCCCCACAUCUGAAAAACGGAUGCAGCAUUCUGCGGAGUCGCGUAAAAACAUUCUGCUGUUGUCUUCUGUCAGUUCAGUCUGCAUCCCAGCUCUACCACCUGACCAGUUUGCAUUAAAAAAAAAUGUUAAAAAAAAGACUGAAAUCAUUUUGCGGCGUUCCAGUUUGCCUACGCUGUGGUGUGCAUUCCAAUUAUUUUUCUUUUCUUUAAUGUUAUGUAGUAAUAAAUAUCAGAGUAUAUUGUUUAGGCUUAACCGUAGAUGAGGCGGCCCUCUGUCUGCCAGCGGUUUAUUCUGAGACCACUCCGAAGGCCAUCUGGAACAAAAGCCAUCCCGCCGCUCCACAGACGCAAGUGUGGAGUUGUGAUGCAGCCCCCCCCCCCCCCAAAUGUGUUUUGGAGACCAUACAUCAUGUCCCAAAACAUGUCAAUCUGUAUGUACAGUGAAGUGUUUGUAUGGCUCUUCCCUCUACAGCUACCCCAUCCCCACACAUGUUUGGGAUUAAACAGUCUAAUGUCUCUAAUGUUUUUUUUUAUUUAUUUUUUUAAGUUUCCAAUUUGUUUGCAGCCUGUGUCCUUUUAACAGUUAUUCUUUUGUGCGUUUAAUUUCUGGGCCCCCUUGGAUCCGGUUAUUCACCGCGGCGACUGAGGAAAAAGAAAAUGUGAACUUUGCUCCAAUAGGGGAAUAAAUGGGCUUUCAAAAUGG